AGAAAACGAAAAAGUAACAGUCCUUAUCAAACGGUCGUAAACGAUGACGUCUCGGAUUCUCUCCCGCUCUCUUAUAAAUGCGAAGAGCCUUUUCAUUUUGUUAGAUUACUCUCUCUCUAAACUUCUCUGUCUCCACCUGAGAGACUGAGAAAUGGCGGACGACAUUCGUUUCUUCGAGCUGAACACCGGAGCUAAGAUCCCUUCUGUAGGGUUGGGGACCUGGCAGUCAAGCCCUGGCCUCGUCGGCGACGCCGUACACGCCGCUGUCAAGGCGGGUUGUCGACAUAUUGAUUGUGCUCAAAUCUACGGCAAUGAGAAGGAGGUUGGUUUGGUUCUAAAGAAACUGUUUGAAGAUGGUGCGGUGACGCGCGAGGAUAUGUGGAUUACUUCCAAACUCUGGUGUACUGAUCAUGCUCCCGAAGAUGUACCAGAGGCAUUGGACAGGACUUUGAGAGACUUGCAACUGGAUUAUGUUGACUUGUACCUUAUACACUGGCCAGUCCGGAUGAAGAAAGGGUCUGUGGGUUUUAAGCCUGAAAACCUUACUGAUACUGACAUCUCUGCAACUUGGAGAGCAAUGGAAACCCUCUAUGAUUCAGGCAAGGCUCGAGCUAUUGGUGUGUGCAAUUUCUCCACAAAGAAGCUGUCAGAUUUGCUGGAUGUGGCACGUGUUCCUCCUGCUGUUGACCAAGUGGAGUGCCAUCCUGUAUGGCAGCAGAACAAGCUACGUUCCCUCUGUAAAUCCAAGGGAGUUCACCUUUCUGGAUAUUCACCACUGGGCUCUCCUGGAACAACAUGGGUCAAACUUGAAGUCCUUAAGAAUCCGAUUCUUCGGACAAUUGCUGAAAAAUUAGGCAAAACUCCUGCACAAGUUGCUCUUCGAUGGGGGCUGCAAAAGGGUCAUAGUGUUCUUCCCAAGAGUACUAAUGAAGCAAGGAUCAAGGAGAACCUUAAUGUGUUUGGCUGGUCUAUCCCAGAUGACUUGUUCGCCAAGUUUUCUGAAAUCGAGCAGGCAAGACUGAUCAGAGGGGCCUCAUUCGUUCAUGAUACUUUUGGUCCCUACAGGAGUUAUGAGGAGUUCUGGGAUGGUGAAAUCUAGAUUAUAGGAAGUCUCAUGAAUCAUGAAUGCUUAUGCGGAAGAGAUUCUGGGAACAUUUUUUAUGAUUAGUAUGACGGUUGAUGUCGUAAACAGCGAUUAGUUGAUUAUGCCACUUGCAACUUUCAGCA